AUGGGAACUGCCGUGUCCAAAAGGAAGAAUUUAAGAAACGAUGCGAUAUCUUCUGUGGCAGCAAAAGUUAGGUAAGUGACAUCCAGACUCUUCUGCCUUUUUUCAACCAUUUUCGUCAUGUGUGGCAGCCUUAGGAGGACUUGACAGGUGUUUCAGCCUCCAGGUGCGGAGUUACCGUGUGUGACACUUGUGUGUGAUGAAUUACCACUGCGCUACCCCAAAUCUCUUUGCAAUGCGCAAGAGAUGCUCUUUGCGCUUUCGCACGUCUGUCCCGUCUAGCCUGGGGCGUGCGUCUGGAAUGUGUGCGUAAAUGACCCUUUCUUCUCUCCAAACUGCCCCUGUAACGUCAAAAUGCAGAGUAUUUCAGGGAGGCUGCCCCCAUCUUCCUCGCAGACUGAGUUUUGUUUGGACUAAAUUAGCUGGGAGAGGAUUUUUUGCCCGCUGGCGCGUCGCAGCCUUUUACGGAUGUUAUGAAUGAAGCAUCAUUGUGUAAUGAAAGUCAUGCAGAGGCAGAGCGAGGGUUGCUCUGACUCACAGUCACCAUGCUUCCUCGCAUCUGUACUACCAAAUCCACACCAUCACCGGCUGUAGAAAUGAAAUAAUCUGCAAAGUUACGUUUUAACCCCAAUUUCUGCAAAAACGGUUUCCUGUCUGGCCGCAUCGACCCGAGCCGGACAGCGCGUCCAACGACAAGGCUGCUGCCUUCACGUCCCGCCAGCCAAAUGAUCCAUUCGUCAAUUGAUCAAUCACAAAAAUCGACUGGGUCGUUAGCAGGGAUCAACAAUCACGGUCAGAUAUUGGAGUGGUCACUGAGUGCAGCCUGUUAAUUUAUUCAGACUGUUUGGAAGGAGACCAACACGUUAAAAGCUGUGAACAACUCACUCCGGAGAGACGUUCAGUGUAUAUUUAUGGGCUGUAUGGAUUUCUUUUAAUGGCCACGUCCACAUCCAUCUGUUUAAGCACCACGCAGUCAAAGUCACCCCCAUCCUGCGUGUAAGGGCUCGCUGUGGAUGGAGCUGCAGCUGUGCCGAAAACCACGUGUGACUGUGUUCAUGCGUCCACACAUGUUGUGCAGAGACGCUGAGCGGGGAUCAGGAGUGAGAUCAGGAUACAGAUUCAGCGGAUUUGGUCUUGUGCUUCGGCGGCAGGCCCUGAUGUGUGGUUGUAACUCAGUCAGUGAAUGACCUUGACUUGUGCAUCCUCAAACAGACACAGAUGUGGGAUGAUGUGCUAUUACGUCAUUCAGUCGGCGGCGUGUGUGAGGCAGCCUUACGUUACAUAGUCUGUAUGUCAGACCUGUUCUGUAUGCGUUGCCGUGUGUGAGCGUGUGAGAGAGGGACACCUUCAAAGGAGGAUGGGUAUGUGAUGCACAUAAACAAUGGCAGGGGGCAGAGAGGAGUGUGUGUGUGUGUGUGUGUGUGUGUGUGUGUGUGUGUGUGUGUGUGUGUGUGUGUGUGUGUGUGUGUGUGUGUGUGUGUUCAGUGAAACAGGCUUUCCCCCCCAACACACUUGAAUUUAUGCACAUAUUAACCCACUGAUUUCUUGGUGUAAAAGAGGUCUAAUAGACAUCUUAAUGUAGCCUAGACAACUGGUCUAAAAUCAGGUCUAAAAAUGAAAGUUUUUUAGACGUCUAAAUUUAGACCAAUUUAAGACUAAAUCUAAAUCUGGGCUAUAUCUAUACUUCACUGUAUGUUGCUCAAUGGCUAUCAUAAUUGUUUUGGUUCAGUACUUGGAGAUCAGUUAUGCAACUCACAGUUGCUUUUUGAAAUAAAUAGUUAUCGAAUAACGAGUUUAAGUGUAAUGUCUAAAUCCCGUCUAUAAAUAUACAGAAUCUGGAUGGUUGAAAUUAGGUCUAAAACAAAAAAUUGACGUCUAAUAGCCGUCUGUUGCUCAGUGGGAAGUUAGCUCUGUGAUUCUCGGCUGUCCUCCUCCUUCAUACACACCCCUGCACACACACACUCAUUUACUUUCAUGUUCAGAGUGAACCUUACCUCCCAUGCAUGGGAGUCACAGCUGAAUCAGAUCCAUUACUGACCAGGAACUAACUGUGACGUGACCUCUGUGACUGUGGAAACAAUUGAACGUAGUUUUGAAGCACACUUCAGUCUCAUAACUAACUCACAGGUCUAUGUGUGCAGCCAAGCAUGUGUGCACAAACACACACAGUGCUGCCUUUAUUUUAUCCUGGUAUACAGUGAGGUCUGUCUGACAGAUCUCAAGCAGACCUCUGUGCAGUGUAACAUAAGGCUUUUCCAGCAUAGUCAUUUAUGCAGCAAUGUGCAAUCAUCUUUUUUUAUUUUAAGUUUGACAUACAAUUUAUUUUUCAAUUAUUGUUUCAAGGUUCCUUUUUGCAAAACUGUGCAUUCAGUACAUUUUAUGCUGAGCUUGCUUCGUGUAAGCAUGAACACCUUUCAUGAAAAGGAAAAAAUAAGAAGCUCAGUGACCUCUGGUGAAACAUGUAGAACAACUGAAAUUACCUUUUUGUUUUUGUAGCUACAAUGCCACCAGCUAUUACUUUAUUCUCAUAUUAGCUGGGUGUGUUCAAUUCUCUUUGCUGCUGUUUUGGAAACUCAAGAGGAAAAUGCACUCUACUUUUCAAUGUCGUAUGCAUUAUAGCAGAUCAGGAAUGUGAAUAUAAGCGGAUUCGGUACCUGCAGUUUCAGGAUACUGGGAUGUCCAUGAUGACUGAGGCUGGGGGCACAUACACCACCACCUACACACACGCUGAGUUUGGUCAUAGCAGAGUUUUGACUCAUCAAUUUCUCAUCAGCUACUCAAGUUAGUGUCCAGUAAGCAACAUGAUACAGAGUCUCUGUGGUCUUCACAUCGAAUCAGAGGACAUGUAUUAUAAAACACUGCUGUCAAGAACCUUCGGUAAAGUAAGACACACACAAACGCACACAUACAGUAUUGCUUGUUUGCUCAACCUCCUGAUGACGCACUUUGUCUCACCUUUUCUCAAUUUUCUUCACUUUCCGUCUGCGUUUAAUAUGCUGACAAAGACACACAGGAACACACAGACUCUUUUCAGUGCAUUAAGUAUCUCACAGGUAAUUGACAGCAGGUGUAUGUGUCUGUAAGUCUGAGUCAUCGUUUGCACAUCCACAAAUAACUACACGUACAAAGGCUUUUUGUCCUGCAGCCAAAAAAGAAAAAACCCAAAGCAGUGACUAUUUGGCGUCAUAAAUACACCCACACGCCAACAAACACUUUAAUUUUAAUGACAUCCCGUAAUCCACCUCCUAGUUUUUCCUAAAUCCCUUAGAGACCUAACUUUGGCUUGUAACCGAAAAGCUCCAAAUGUGAUCAGACUCACAUGAAAUCAUCACAUGAAGUCACUGGUCAUUCCCCACAACAUGAGGAACCUUUCCCUUGCAUAGAGAUGACUCUUAGAGAUGUACAUGAAAUAUUUAUCGAGCUUGCUAGCCUGUGGUGGGGGUCAUCGCAUCAACUGAGCUUUUAUCGCUUCGGUAAUUUGAAAGAGUGAUGAAUCUGACUAGUGCUCUGUAUGCUGGAAACACCUGACCAGUUUGAUCAAGAAAUGUUUAAAUACAAAACAUAACUAGCAUGAAGUUUUUAUCUUUUGUGGUGCUUUUGAAAGACUGGUUAAAACCAAAUCAAGAAAAAAGUGUCAUAUUUCAACACACAGGAAUGGCUGAAAUACUUUGAAGAAAUGACUUUGAGACCCAAGUCUUCAAACUUCCAAAACUUAAAAGCUCUGUAUUUUAUUCUUAGUCGACCACAAUCACUCCACUCUUGGCGGUGGCACCGGGGAAAACCAAAAGCCAUUAAGGCCUGCCAACUGGGAGUAGCCAUUCAGAAGAAAUCUUAUUAGAUCCGUGCUUUGUCUAAGCUUGAAAGUUUUUUUCUUUUCUCAAUAAAAGGAGGCUUUGUUGUCCAAAACCUCAAAGUAUUGAUCAGUGCAACAUAAACCCAGGUCAUUUUAAAACUUGUAAAUUGACCAAACAACUUUUUCACAACGAGAAAUAUAUAGAUAUUUCCAUUUUGCUUCUGAAUUCUAUGACUACUGCAUCACAGUAACAUCAGGUUUGUGAAAAAUGUAUUAUGUUGAUCACUUCGUCUUACACCCACCCCACAGUGGCAUUCUCUGACAUUAGCUUUUAGGAUCUGGAUUUUGUAGGUCACAGAGAGGCAUUACUUUUAAUUUAAGUCUGUCCUUUCACCAGGGAACAAGUCCUCACAGUUGAAAGUAUUCCAACUUUUGUAACACCAUGCUCCUCAAUGUCACCUAUCCUUAACUGACUAAUCAAAAUCAAGAAGAAGUGAGACUUUUGGUAUAAACUUUGUCAACAGCUAUAUCAGUAUUUUCAAAGCUUCCUGGUCUAUUCUAGAACACCAUUACUCUACAUUGUUUUCAAAGUGUUAAGAAUGUGUCAGAAUAAAAAACAUAUCAAGAAUACUGAAUAUACAAUUAUUUGAUAUUAGGUACUUAAUAUUAUUACAUAACCAACCUGUUAUAUAGUGACCUAUGUAUAUAUUUUCCAUUACUCAACAUUCCUAUGCAAUCCUCACCAUAGCACUACAGCCACAUACAGUCUUUUAUAUGCAAGUUAAAUUUCUUGUACAUAUUUGUGUUAUACUUCAUGUUAAACGUUUGUACAUGGAGAGCAAACUCUACCCAAGUCACAUACAUGGCCUUUACUACCAAGGGAGGUGAAAAUGCAGUGAGAGAUCCUUCAUCACCUGGCAACAGUAAUGGACACAGGCCUUAAUACAACUUCACCAUCAUAUAAAUGACUAAACUUACCUCUGGAAAAACGCAGGCAUUAACUUACUGUAGGCAGCAGGGUCCAGUGAGUCAUUCACAAAGGUCAGUAGGUUUUAUCUCUUUAACACGUGCAGAACGUGUGGUAUUGCCUUGCUGAAAGGGAAGUCCCUGAAAGAGACAUGGCUCUGAUAGCAGUGUACUCAUGUUGCUCCUAAACCUGUAUGUACCUUUAAGCAUUUAUGGAGCCUUCACAGAUGUGACAGUUAGACAUAGACACGGACACACCUCCAGACCCUCACAGAUGUUGGCUUUCAAAUCUGAGAACAGUCUGGAUGGUCCUUUUCACACCACGUCCAUGAUUGUCCAGAACUAUCUGAAACGUGGACACGUCAGACCGCAGUAGGCUUUUCCACUUUGGGUCAGUCCAUCUCAGACGAGCUCGGGUCCAGAGAACCUGGUGGUGUUUCUUGGUGUUGUUGAUAUCUGUCUUUGUCUUUGCAUGGUAGAGUUUGAACAUGUAGAUGUGAAGACGAACUGUGUCCUUUGACAAAGGUUUUCCUCCUGAGUCCUCCUGAGCCCACAUGGGAUGGUGUUGGUUUUUAAUGCAGUGCUGAAUCUUUGAUGAUCUCUGAAUCUUUUGAUGAGUUUAUGGACUGUAGAUGAUCAUAUCUCUAGAUUCCUGCAGGUGUACAUUGAGAAACGUCCUUAAACUAUUGAACUAUUUGCCCAUGCAGUUGUUGACCAAGUGGACCUCAUAAUCUGGCCCCAUUUUAGCUUGUAAAGGACUGAGCCUUUUAGGGAUGCUCCUUUUAUACCCAAUCAUGACUCUUACCUGUUUCUAGUGAACCUGUUCACCUGUGGAAUGAUCCAAACUGGUGUUUUUGGAGCAGUCCUCAAUUUUCCCAGAAUUUUGUGGACCCUGAAUUGUGAACGUGUUGUGUUGCAGCAUUAAAUUCAAGAUGAGUUAAUAUUUGCAAAAACAAUGAAGUUUAUCAGUUUGAACAUUUAAUAACUUGUCUUUGUAGUGAAGUUGAUUGAUAAUAGGUUGUAAAAGGAUUUGCAAAUCUUUGUAUUCUGUUUUUACUCGUUUUACACAAUGUCCCAACUUCAUUGGAACUGGGGUUUAUAAUCUGAUAAAUGCCAAGAUAUUUUCAUCUCAAUCAAAGCGUUUGACAUCCCAAAAUUAUUAGCCUAACUGCAUGGAAGCUGAUAUGAAAUUAGUUUUUUGCUGUUUAUUUGGCCUAAGCACUGACAGAUGUUUGGGAAUUGUUAUAUGCCAUGAGGAAACCCUAAAGAUAUACCGGUUUCUUGGACCGGGCGUUGGUCUGUGCCAUCUCCUGCAUGUUUAUGGGUUGCUGGUUAUGAAACAAGUCACACACUCCCCUCCAGCAGCUCCUAUGAGAGCGACAGGGAGCAUGCAAGGAGGAGAAUGAGAGAGGGAGCGAGAAGGAGAUUACCUCCAAUUCACACACCAGAAUUCUGCGAUGUUGAGUGAGAAAGCAAAGGCUUUGAUCUUCAAUCUGCCAGAGAGGAGGAGAGGGGGGCUGUGCAGCGGUUCGGCUCAAGGGCAUCGGACAGCAGCAUCCGUGGAGCUGUGGUGGAGAGAAAGAUGGAAGAGAUGCAAGAUGAAAGCAAAUGAAAUGCUAAUGCUAAUGGAAUAAUGAAACAAUGCAUAUGUGUCCUGGACAGGUGCGCCUGUCUUUGUAGCAGAUGUGCAGUCACUGGGUACAUGAGGUUGAGGGCAGUUAUGUAACUGCUUUUUGAGUUAUUCAGAUUCAUUCGAGUUAAACAAAGAGGAUGUUUUUUCUUUUAAUCUUGUUUUUAUAUUUUUGUUUUAAGUGGUUUGGCUCCGUACUGCAGCAGCUUUUAAGCAAAGCAAAUAUUUGUCUAUCACAUCGACCUCCUUCCCCGUCUCUCACCAUGUAAUACCGUCGCAAUUAUUAUGCUGAGGGAGGCAGAUUGUAUUGAUUGCAGUCUGAAGAUGAUUGGAGCUCCCGCAGUGUUAUAUGAUUGUUUGUCUGUGUUUGCCUCUUUACGCGCACAUUUACUCUGUUUCUUCUUUUAUUCUUUAACAAAAUAAUGUCAACUCAGUUAUCCUCUGUUUUCACAGAGCGUUAGAGGCCUGGCUCUCCGAGAUCAGAUAUGACUAAGCAAGUCUAAAUUUAUAAAGGGGACUUUGUUGAUAUUGGUAAAAGCUUUUGUUCAUCUCCCUACUGUUACAGCACAGUCUUUUUCAAAGAAGUUGUGUAUGAAAACAACAAGUAAGAAAUAUUCAGUCAAUGAUGUUAAGGACCCUCCAAGAAUCUAUUCUCCCAGAUAGUCCUGAGUGAUCUUCAGUGUCAUCAGUAAGUUAAAUGCAAGUUAUGGUUAGAGGUAGAUACAGCCUACUUCACCGGAGGAGCAAAUAUGAUGUUAUAGUAUAAAUGAGUGGCAGGGAUCUGAUGGAUGAUGGAAGGAGUAACAGACUUGGAAAAUGGGUGAGGAAAGAAGGGAUAAUGAUGGUGGAGGCAUGUGUUGACAGAUGAUGAAAAGGGUGUUGACGGCUGAAAAGAUGAGAGCAUGAAGGGUGGGUGGAGCUUGGAGUCAUUAUCGGAUCGACCGAGGAGAGAGAUGAUGGACCGCUGUCAGCUUGUGUUGGCGGAAUCAAAGGGGUUGAGACUCGGGGCAGGAAAGCAGUAUUUUCAGUGCAAAAGAGCUCCUCUGGUGUGUGUGUGUGUGUGUGUGUGUGCACUUUCCUACCUAUCUAAAAGGGGAACUUGGCGUCGUAAAACUUCCACCAAGAGGGGACUGCAUAGCCAACAGGGGACAUUUUUUAGGUCCCCUCUUGGCCACUCUGGUGAAGUUUUUUUUUUUAAUUUUAGCCAAGUAGGGGACCUGAAGGUGUGUGAGUGUUAAAGUCCAUGCGAGGCUAUCCCCCGAAGGCUGGGGCUGGAAUUACAACGACCCUUAAACACACGUCGUUUUACACACACUCCCUGAAGGUGUGAAUGGUUUGCACUGAAGGCAGCCUUUCAGACUGCAGAGGGGCUGUUUAACGGGUUACUGGGUGCAGAACAUGUCUCUUUAAAGAUGGUUUCUCUUUGUUUUAAAAAAAAAAAUUUAAGCAAUUGCUUAAAAAACACACAUUUUAGACUUUGACAAGACUCCUGAAGUUUUUCAUUCCCAAGAUACUCACUUAACCAGUUUCACAAGCAUUGGAUUUCUAUUAAUUUUUCAAUAUAUUUCAAGUAUCAGUCUACACUUCUGAGAAUGCAAUUUUCUUUACCAUGCACAUUACAGAAAAAAGGGACUUCCACUUUUUGAAAUGACAAAGGUUCCCUGUUGGUUGGUAAACAGUGACAGGAGUUCCCACUUAAAUAGUACGCAGCGACUUCACACACCGCCAUGGAUGAAAAUAGAAAAUAAGUAAAAUUAAUAAGUAAUAAGUGUGUGUGUGUGUGUGUCGUGGGGAAGAGGUAUGGUUGGCUACCUGCAGCGUUAAUCAAGCUAAACAAGUCUUCCCGAGUCUUGUAUGGGCCUUGCUGAUAAGUUUUGCUAAAGAUCAGACAGAGACAUAAAGAAACUGGAGGAAGGGGAAGGUCAUGGCUCUGCUGAGAGAGGAGAAACGCUGGUGUCAGGGGUGGAUUCAGGGUAUAGACAGGGGGUGACCCAGCCCAGUCCCAGGGGUGCAAUUUGAUUAUUUUGUCAUUUCUUGACACAGUGAGAAACUUGACUUGGACUUGCCUCUGCACUCACAGACAUAAGACUUGAUUUGGACUUGCAAAAAGUGACUUGUCCCCAUCUCUGUCAGCUUUUGCAAGCAGCUGGCCAACUAUUCCCCACUCUGACGUACCAUCUGGUGUUCGCAUGUCUUUCCUAAAGAUAGUUGAACUAAAAGACACAGCUCCACCCUGGAUGAAAUCACAACACUGAGGAGAAUCCAAGUCAUGCUUCAGUAUGAUUAACAUUGGUGCAGAUGUAUUCUAGCAUAAGUCAGAUAUUUGACACAUUAUACUUUCAAAUAUGUGUAGGCUACAGUAGAAACAGAAGGGGGCUGUGUGUAAGUGUGUGUGAAGCAGUUGCAUCACUUCGCACUGUUUGUGGUUCGAGUGGUUGUGGUGAGUCACUGACAUUUUAAUCAGCUCCUCGAUCAGGUGCUUCGUUCCCACGUGUCCCGUAAUGCACCACACUUUCAAGACUGCAAUUAACAUCCACAGAUCCCCCUGGUCCUCAGCGUGCGCAACAAGCCUCUCAACAGGUUCUGGACACCCCAGCUGUGCCUUCAUGUGUGUGUGUGUGUGUGUUCCUCCAUGUGUGUUAGUAGGGAACCCAAUUCAAUUAGACCAUCUGAGAGGGGGAUUCGAUUACGAAGCAUUAAGAGUGAGGAAUCUCUGAGCCUGGCAGCCCAUUGUUUACAGUGAAGGGACGCCCAGGGAGACAUCAGCUCUGAUGAUAUUGAGACCAACAGGAACUCUGCCAGGGGGGAGUGAUGGCCUAGUUUUAGCCUCAAGCCUCUUACCUCGUUUAGAUAUAUGGUCACAGUGGUUAACGGCAUCAGAAUCCACAGGGGGAAGGCAUGAGAUGAUUAGAAAUAGGUCAAUAUGGCACAAAAUACUGUGUGUGAGGGCAACAGUGUGUGUCCCUCCAUGAGUCAGUUCUUUAAUCUCAGAGCGAUCUGUUAGUCUACAGAGACCAUUUCUUUUACUUAGGAGAUAAUUAAUCUCUUAAAACCAAAGUGUAGCUAUAAUAGGUAAAACAUUUAGUUUUUAACCACAGACUAUUUUGUCCUCUGUGACUUUUUGACAGGGGCACAUUGAGGGGCUGCUCAGUAAUGGCAAAAAUCAAAGUCAAACUUCUGGAUCACACGAGUUCACAUGACUUAAAACCUCUUUUAAACUUAAAACUCGCAAUUCUUAAAAAAAAAAACAAUGUACCACCUACCUUUUUGUCUACUGAACCAUGUCUUCCUGCUCUUCUCUCUCCACCUGUCUUCUUGAACUGAGGUAGGAUUGUUCUUUUCUAUUGCGUUCAAGGAAGUCAGUCACUUUUACGACUGUUUCUGCUUCCCGAUUUAAAGUACAUUUGUCCCCUUAGGUAAAUCUUUUUUUUUUUUUUUUGGAGGACUUUUUUUCCAGUAUGGAUUUCAACAUUUGCCAUAACAAAGUUUAUUUUUUUUUAUCUUGAACAGCAGGCCCAUAUCUCACUUUAGACUUAUACUGUAUAAAGAGUGGGCUGAAAUGUCUAACCCUGUUCUAAAGGUCUCCUUUUGUAGCCGCUCCGUUGAAAUCAGGUUGUAUUUUACAUCUAAUUGCAUUGACUUUACACUUACCUUAAUAUUUCUCCACUUGGAGUAGGACAAAGAAAGGUUUAGUUGGCUAGUGCUCAUCACAUAAAAUGUGGGUGGACAAUUUACACCUGCAAUAGCAAGCCCGACCGGCGGACUGUUUGAUUGAUGAGAAGUGAAAAUGUAGGCGCUUAAGCACCCGGAAAUGACAAUUGAAAAAGAAACCCAACAAAAAGAGGAUAAAGCGACGCAGGAAUAAUGUUGUACCACCUGGAAUGCAAUAGUGUGCACAAACUUGAAGAGAGUGAACAGAAAGGAGCUUGUUUACAGACUCGUUAAUGUCCCAUCUGUCAGGUUGCUGGUUGCGCAUUGUUCCGUCUGAAUCUAUUCAAAGAGACGAGGAGCUGAGGUGUGUCUUCCUGUGGUUGAGGAUCGUUUUGUGCAUGUGGGGGUGGUUUGAAGAGUUGGUGGCAGAAUUGGUUGUGGAAAGAUUGGGUCGUGUGUAACUGUGUCUGACUCAUCAUGCUUGUGAAAUGCAAAGUACACCUAAGAACCCGCUGAACCGUCGACUCUGGCAAAGGUGAAGCCUUCUUGUCUCCACUUUCACUCCCUCACCGGGCGGAUACAAAGCCGAUGACAAGAAAAUAGACAACAGGUGCAGGUUUCAAGUUCUCUUCAGUUAUUUAUAAAACCAAAUUGAAGCUACCCUUGAGUUCAGUUUUUUGAUGGCAAUGGAGAUUUCAGUAUCCUUGCUUCAUGAGUGUUAGAAACUGUUCUCCAAAACAGACUGCUGCAUCACUCCGGACAAAUCAGACAUACAGUAUGAAGUCGUUACCUGACUGUCUUCUUUCAGCUGCAGCAUUUCAUCGCUGCUACUGUUUUAAAAGCAUUUCUGGUGUGACUAGUAUCAUCAACUACAGAUUUAGCAGACUUUGGUUUUAAAGACAGCAGCCUGUUAAGCUGGAGGAUUAUGUGCUGCAUACUCCAGCAUCUUUUUUACAACAGUUCACAUAAAUGAAUGAAGUUGACACACAAGUCAAAAUGAUUUAAAGCUGACAUAGAGGCGGUAGAUGACUGUUCAACAUGAGUCUGGUCCUGCUCUGAGCUUCUGCCUGUUAAGAUCUUUUUUCUUGCCACUAUAACUUGCCAAAUGAGAGGAUAGAGAAUGAGAAUGAGAGGAUAGAAUCUUGUACAAAUCAAGAUUGACUGAUGAGGCAAGAAACAGCCUAUUUGGAGAUUGAAAGAGAUGGGACAUAAUCCACUGUUAAGCAGUUCCGGAGCUUAUCAAGGUUCGUCUAAUGACAGUGUAGCUUCUUAAUGACUUUAAACAGAUCUCUGCAUGCAAGUGAAACUAUCUUUUGCUUUCUGCUGACUCGACCAGCAGUCUUCUUCCUCUCAGACCAUCUUGAGUGGCAAAAGCACCGCCAGGCAAUGAAUUGCUAAUAUUUCUUGGGCUCAUGUCAAUCAUAUUCCUCUUGAACUGCCCUGAUUUGCCUCACACAUACUUUGCCCCUGCAGAUGGGUCACUGUGAAUCAGUGGUGCUGUAUGAAGACACCGUGUCCUCCUUAAGAAAAGUUACACAAAACUCAGAAGAUGUGCCCGUGUCCAACUUUGAAGUUAUAUUGAAAGAGCAAAGAUGAUUUUUACCUGAUCUGAACCAAGUAUUGUCUUCCUUUUAAAGAAGGAGGAAAAAAACAACCUCUGACAUAAUUUAUUCGUCCAUUUUUGAAGGACACAGACAAAAUAUGUCAUUCAGCAGUCUUGGUUUUUACAUGAGUAACUGCUUCUAUGCACCUCUGUAGAGGACACUUUUGGAUAAGGUCAAUUAAUUUGGAGAAGUGUUGAGUGGUUAAGAGGAGGAACUGUUUCCAAAACUCACAUUUGUAGUGUCCUAGGACGCUGGGACAUCUAACUUGGCAGACAGAUAGUUCUGCAUUCACGUGUGACAUUGUGAGGAAUCUAUCCUUCACUUUGAAAAACAAGGACAUUGUGAAAUGGAUUGUAAAUUUGAUCGUUUCCUGUCCAUAAGUCGAUCAGUAAGUGAAAUUUUAUGCCUCAAUGUAAAGUUACAUGAUAUAUGUGCAGGAAAUUGAGGUCAACACCCUGUCGUAAAAACACGACUUAGACAUGGUAUAGUGGGGGUGUAAAAACCCAAGCUUUGGUUGCCAAUAAGUCUGCGAGUGUGCCGUCACAGUAAUAACAGCACUUUAGUAUCUGCAGCAGAAUUAACUUCAUUUAUAAGGGAAUGGCAUUGGAACCAAUGGCUUAAGUAUUGGAAAUUAAUCUAAAACGGGUGGAAACUUUGAGUUUUUAAUGUAUGUACAUUGGAGCAUUUUUUAACUAAGUUUUAAUUUAAGAAUUAUUCUACUUCACAGAAUUUUUAUUCCAAACAAACAGGUUUACUUUGUCUUCUGAUGAGGGUCAUCUGAUACGACCAGAAAGUUUUUUUAAACAGCACAUAUCAGAAUCUGCGUUUUUUAACUUAUAUGAGAAUUUAAAAUGGCAGCCUUUGAAUCCAACACAUGAACUAUAUGGAGAAAUCUAUAAUUCUGUUGUAGUUUAACAAACUCUGUCUGCAGAGGGACAACAGGAUGGCUUUUUCCUCCUUUCAUACUUUCUCUAUUUAAAGUUUUAUGAUUCAGUCUCUUUAAAAGCUGUGUCAUUGUUGUGACAUCUCGUGUGAUCUGAUUUGGCCCAGGACAGACUUGAACCUUCACCAUAUGAAACCCUUUGCUUUAAAAACAGAUCAUAGUUUAGUAUUUAGCAGGUCUGGAGACGCCCAUCAUGAGAUUAAAAGCCCUUAGAAAAGCCUUUAAGCGACACAAAGGAUUUAGGGUUUGACUUGGAUUUCAAAUAUGCAUUUUGUCUUGCAGAUGAAAGUCUGCUGUGUUUCAUCCUCGUUGUCCUGACGGAGCACUCCUUACCUCGCUUCUUUCCCUUAAAUUUACUCCACCUUUUCAUUUUUAAUAUGCCCUGGUUUUCUCUCUCUACACUCCACUUCCUCUUGGCAAUAAUCCCUCCUCUACACUCAAACUCCCCUCCCCGGCUGGUUUCUCUCCCCAAACCCUCGUCACAUGUCUGAGAGCAUGCGGGACGAAUUUCAUAUCCGCCUGUCAGCCUCCCUCCUCUUCUUCAAUUUCACCAUAUUCUCUCUUUUCUUCUUUUCUCACCUGUCCACAGAGUAUCUUCCAAAUGUGUUCCUAAUGUUUUAUGCCCUCAUGUGUAGUGAGUCCAAUACUGUAACAUGAGAGAACUCAGGGAGAGGAUUUGUGUAAUAGAUGGAUUGAGAUGUGUUUUUCUCUAUCCACUUUUCUCGUUUCCACUCAUGUAUAAUGGAUUAUGCAAGCCUCUUGCACCAUUGUUUGCUGAUUCUAAUCACAGGGCCCUGGCCUGUUGAAUAAUAAAGCAGGAGGGCAAAUUGAAAACGUCUCUAAGCUUUAGAGGGACACCUGCUGAUGAGUGCGUAGACUAAAUUCAUCACAAAUGUAGUCAGUGAGACUGUUUGUGUGGUACAUCACCAGUUUUGCACACAAAUGCAUAUUUUCCUCCUGUCCUUUCUUUUCUAUCAUCUUUGAUAGAUUUAAAUAAUGUUACAAUAAUAAAAGACUUAGAGGAGAGUGGCAACAACAGCAGUAAGACAUUUACCUUGAUCCACUUCAGCUGUUUAAGUUAAAUAAGACUUUUUUUGAUCCGGAAUGAUCCCCCCCAAAAAAACAGUUUUCACAGCUCUGAUUUCACUCUCACUGCAGUCCUCCUCAAGUCAUAUGUAAGAAAUCAUUUUCAGUGAACAGGUGGGAGCCAAUACAGAUUUGCAUAACCAACAUAGACUGUAUAGAGAAUGGACACCAUCUGCCACAGUGCCCUCUGGUGACGGGCUGCAGUAUAGGUCAUAAAUCCCGCCUCCUCCAGCAAUCCCUAUGGAGCUGUGGACGAACUUUAGAAAUUAAUUAUACAGAAUAUAAAUUUACAGAAAGUGGAGAAAAUCCUGGAAAUACGGAGAGCAAUUCAGCUUCAAAUUCAUAUAAUGAUGGAAGGCGGAGCCAAGUUGUCCAUAGUAUAUACAGUUUAUGAAAGCCACCUGUACACUUUAUAUCAUCCCACUCAUUUCCCUGCUACCAACAAAAGUUAUGAAUUAAAAUGAUUUUUUCCAUCUAAACAGAGCAAAAAUAGAGAAAAAAAGUCCUUUCAGGUGAGAACGCUUUCUUGGCAACAGAUUCUGAUGAGCCUCACUGCAGUACAAAAUAAAACUAAGCUGAUCAUUUAAAUUAAGUUAAUUAAUUAGGCUGGAGCAUUAUCCUCUUUUAGAGUAAAUUACUUGUGGAGAUAAUGUCAGACAAGCUAAAAAGACCUUCUGCAGGAAUAUUCAAAUCAAGUCUCCAUACACCUUGGUAAAUAUAACUAUGAAUAGAAGAAUAAACAACAUUUUUUCCUUGACAUCCUUUGGUCCCACUCUCCUAUCUACAUUUCAGUGCGCUGUCUGUUUUCAGGCACUGCAAGCCAAAAGGUAUGAGGCUACUAAAUGUAGUGUUAUAUCUGCACUGACGAGAUGCAGCAGGUCACAUACAUGAUACAAAAUGAAAAGUGAUAAUGGUGCAGCAGUGGGUCCCAUCGGCUACACCGCACCGCGCUGCCUUACAGGAAGGAAAUUUAUCCUGCAUGAGGACCUGAGGCAAAAAUGGCUGACAGUGCAGUAUCCUGACACUAUGCUCUCAUACUCUGGGAGUUUCUGUCUUCUCUAGUCCCUCAAGCCUCAACAAUGGUGCUGACUGAGCUCUUAAAAGUGUUAAUUACUGAUGUAUGUACUACAAAUUAGCACUGGUGGAGGACUUUGGUGGUGAAAUCCAAUUGCUUGACUUGACUUUGGCUCUCUGCUUUAUUAGAAAGCCCUGCUUUGUGAUUUAAGUGGUUUUCAUGUUAAUUAACUUUAACAUAAGGCCAUUUUCUGACUUUUCUCUCAGGAUACUUCUUUUGAAUAUGUAAAGCCGCUUUGUUCAUGUAAGCUGUCUCUAGAGGACCUCCGCCUUGUAAAGAGGAGGAUGGGGGGGAGACGGGAAAGAAGGGGAGAAAACAAGUAUGGAGAGCUAGGUUUAAAUAAGAAAAUGUUUGUACGGCAGAAAAAGAGAGUGCAUCAGAAAAAUUCAAGAGUAGAUAGUCAGCAUUCACUGCAUUACUCUGCUGUCUGUGUCUGCGAGUGUGUGUUCACCUGCUGUGUAGGGCGAGCUUUAAUAAUUGACAUAGCUUACAAGAGAGGACGCAGACACCGCCAGGCAUCGCUGCAGAUGUGUGUGUGUUUGAUGAUGUGCGUGCUGUGUCAGCCAUCACCUCUGACAUCAGCAAGCAAAUUUGACCAUUGACCAUUUUUUUGCACAUAUCAGAUCAUUUAUCAGAAUUACAUUAUAUAAACUUAAUGAAAUAAUCAUUCACAGUGCUUUUUUAGUUCAUUGCAACAAAAAUGCUCACCUCUCAUAGCUGAUCCACCAGUCUGUACAGUUGAUCAGCGGCAGUAUUUUAAAAGGUAACCUAACUGUAUGAAUGAUUGGCUGCAGGUGAAUGUUGAAAUUUAACAUCAAUACACACCUUAUGUUCAUUCAUUUUAAAACUAACUGAAGUUUUUCAUAUUGUAAAUGUGUAAAGAUGUGUUUUACUGCUGUGGACGGUCUAACUUGAAAGAGUAUUAAGUCCUACAAAAUGGUAAUAACCUUACAGUAGCAUUGCCCUGACUGUAUUAUACAGUUUGUAAUUGGUAAGACAAUGAAACACAGUCUAUUCUAGUCUAAGAAGAAAAUGACAGGCUUAUCGUGAUCGAGGAGUACAUUCAUAUUCAAAGCACACAGCAUUACAGUUCCUCACAUUUUCUCUUUUCCUCUCCUCUCUCCUUCAUUACAGCUGUGAAUCCUAAUAGUUGUUGCUAUGGUGCUUCCCCUGUCUUUUACAUUACAGCCAUGAUUAACAUUGAAAGCACAUCCUCAGAGUUAUUUGUCCUUUUACACCGUAGCUCUUUGCUCAUUUUCCACUCCUGUCACACACUGACCGUAGCUGCAAUAGGAGGUCAGUGCCAUUCAACCGCAGGGCCGGCAGCUAUUUUAUGAAUAGUUUAAAUACUUUGUAAUAUUGAGUUUGGCUGUAUGUGGCUGAGUGGACGUCUGGAGUAUAUUUCUCUAUCUGUGCAAGUAAGACAGAUCCAGAGAAGAGGGAACAACUGAGUUCAGCGGUUGUCAUUUUUUGCACAUCUCUAAGCAUUGUAUUCAGUUACGAUAAAUGUUUUAUACAUUUAUUUCCUGACCCAAAAAUAUCUCAAGCUGCAGCCUUUGGGAAAGGAAAAACAUACCUCAAUGAAGAAGUGCCAAAAGUGCAGUAGUGAAAGUGGCCACUGGUGGCCGGCUCCAAAAGUGAGUCGAUCCCCAUUAGAAGAGAGUUUUUGGUGUCUUCAUCUGAUCUUCAUAUGACUCCUCCUUCUGUGUGAAACAAAACAACUAAGGAGGACGAACUUAAAAAAACAAUAAAGCCUCUUAAAGACUGUGAAGCUGUGAGACCUUAAAGUUUGCCUUUGCUUGUUUCCAGUGCCCCCCUCUUGUCAAAACAUGGUCUCUUCUGACUCGAGAAAACCGCCAUGGCAAAGGCUAGGAUGUUAAACAUGCAGUCGGGCCAAGUCACUAAAGCUACAUCCAUUAUUAAACAUAGAGUCUGGGAUGCAUCUAUAUAUAGAUUUUGUGUGUAAGACAAAGAAAACAAAAACACUAAUGGUUGUUUCAGCUGCAAUGACGUCUCCCAACGCAAACUGAGGUCAUACUGAGAAAUUAUGUCAAACAAGCUUUCCGUCUAUCUCCUCCUGCUGUCUCAUAUUCGGUCUGUCUUUGAGGAUGAGGCUGCCUGAAGUGCAGAGAUAAAACAGCUGCAUCUUAAUCUGUGGGUGGCACAAGCCCACAAAGAAAGCAAUUAGCUCUAUAAUUUACAAUUCCCUUGCCCCUCUCUCCUCUCACCCCUUCCAUUUCCUCUCUUCCCUUGCUCACCUCCUCCUGUCCAACCAUGAUUUAAUGUCUCUAUGUGUGUCCUCCUAUGUGUGUGUGUGUAUGUUCCCACAGAGCAGCGAGAGCAUUUGGAGAGUACCUGUCCCACACGCACCCUGAAAACCGAAACGGAUCAGGUCAGCGUCUCUGUCCAUCCCUCUAUCCUGCUCUGCUAACUCCUUUGUGGUCUCUAAUCCUCCCUCCGCCUGUCUCACCUCAUCCUCUGCUGAAACACUACGCUGUGAUCAUUACUGUAAAUCUACAACAGCUAAUAUCUGGACAAAGACGAUGAUACUUUUUCAUUCUCAGCUUUACUCUCUCUUACUUUCUCUUCAGUGCCUCAGUAUAUCUCUCUGUCUUUAACACUAAUUUUUUUCUUUCUUGCUGCCGUAUUAGCCCAUCUUCUGUGUGAAACCUUGGUGGGUCCUGACCCGGAAUCGCCAAGUGACAAGAUUGGCCCCAACAACAACAACCACCUCCAUCCCACCUCCAAUACCACCAAGGGCUGCGAAAACAACCACGAGCCCAGCCCUGUGAAGCCUCCGCUGGGCUUACUCCAGCCGCCACCCCCUUCGAUCACCAUCUCAACCAAGCCGCCUCGUCUUUCUCUUGAGCGCAGCUUUUCAGCCGAAGAGGACCAGCAAAAGAGUGUUGAGUGCACCCUGCAGCCGGCCCGCGUCUACACCAUCACCACCCAGCGAGGUAUGCUAAUGAGCAGCGGUCGGGGCAGCAAGGAGAGCCUCGAACUGGACGUCCUGAAGGAGAAGUCGGGGAGUGGUAGGCUAGGAUCCAAAGGUGGCUUGGUCCAGCCCUCCACUUCCCCUUCCUCCACCUCAUCAUCCCCAACCCAGUACCACCAUGCCAGCGGCCGAGGCACCAGCAGCAACAGUGGGAGUCACCAUCAUGGCAACCACCAUGGGAACCACCAUCACCACGGUGGCAUAUCAGGCACCAACGCCCCAUCCAGCAGUGGAGGGGCGAGUGGGAGCAGCAGUAGCAACCAGCAGCAGCAGCAAUCCUUAAAUAUCACUGGAUCGCACCAUCAUGUAUCACAUCAUCACCACCAUCACCUGUCUCAACCCCCGCUGCAGACCUCUGUCAGUGCCCACAACAUCCGCAGCUGGGGUGAAGGCGGAAAAGGGGAGGCGGAGUGUAGUGGGCUGGCCUGUGACUCAUGCAGUGGCGCCCCCUCAAGGAGCCAGGGCUCCCUGGACCUGGAGAGUACAUCUCGAGAGGCAGGCAAGCAGCACCGACGCCUAGAGCGGAUGUGGAGUGUGGACCGGAUGACUGGGCUGGAGAGAGGUGAGAGGGUGGAGGACACAGAGGAGGGGAGAGGCACUGAUGUCCAAACACGGGCACGAGGGUUUGGCCUGAAUUUGCGGGAUUCAUUACUGGACCAGAGAUGAAAUAACAUUCGAUUUUUUUGAGCAGUUUCUCACAAACACUAAGUAUUAAAAAAAGGCAAACCUUAAAAGUAGAGUUGAAUCUAAUGUACUCACAUUUUUAACCAAAGAAGAGGUUCAAACCAGUGAUCCCACUGACCAUAAUGAUGAAGAGGCCAUUUUCCUCUGACAUCAUGCUCAGGGUAGACUCAUCCAACAUUACUAAUAUCUCACAAAACAAAGGUCAUCUAAUAAUUCUUAUUAUAGAAACUGAAAAGCCCUAAGAUACAUAUCACCAUAUUAUAGGCUUUAAUAUCCUUUUUAAUAACCCUAGCAUUCCUUGGACAAGCUAAAAUUAGCAGGUUCGCUAAGUUGGUGAAAGCUAGUUUUACUGCCUGGUUGUUUCAUAGCUAUAAAAUCAUUUAUCGCUUAUGUUCACCAUUUCUACCACAGCAUAAAUUCAUAGAUUUUUUCUGUUCAUGUUGUUUUCAGCUGCAGGUCAGUUAAUGAUGGAUUAAGACAUCAGAUACUCACCCAGACAGCUCUUAAGUUCACCAGUCUGAGUGUGCCACCAGGGGAACAUGGGUGCCAUGUGAGUGAGUUUUUCUUUGUUUGUUGAAAAGUUAGGGAUUUCAAUUUUUGGUUUUACUGCAGUGGAAUAAUUAGUUCCAAAUUACAAACAAACACUUUUUACACUCUUUAUUUUCAUGACAGCAAAUCUGUCUUUUGUCAGUCGCUCCCAGAGUCAGGCAAAGAUGAAAUCGAGAAAGACAGAGUUUUAAUGUUAGUAUUGUUUUCUCACACACUUCGAAUCUAUUUCCUCUCAGGUCCGGUGGGGAUUGAGGGUUUGAUGUUGGAUGUAAUGUGGUGGCCUGUAUUUCUAACUCUCCGUUUCCCCGUCUCUCUCCUCUGCUGUCUCUUCUGUGUGUCUCCCUCUCUCCAUUUGUGGAGUAGUGGACUGUGAAGUGCUGGUGCUGUCACCGAUGUGUGCUUUCAUAUUUCCAGUAUAUCUAAUACAUUUGCCUUUAAAUAGAUUACUUUCUCAGCCCUGGGAUCAUCAUUUUUCUCUUUUUCAUUGCAGAGGAUACAAACUGGUUCCCCAAGGAAAACAUGUUCAGCUUUCAAACUGCCACAACGACCAUGCAGGCGUGAGUGUCGAGUCUUCACACCAACACACACGUAGAGUUAAUGUUCAGUCGAAAAGGUCCAGCUAGUCUUUUUAACGAUACAAUACUGGUGUAUUUGCAUAUUUUAAGCCAUUAAAUACAAAUUGCAUACCUCAAACCACAACAAACUGUUUCCCAAAGCUUUCCAUACGUUAAAAGAAUGAUUUUACCCUCCCAGGCUGCCGUAGAUUUUUAAUGUCAGCAAUAAAACUAGCAGCUUGUGGACCUUAAAGUAUCUUCAAGGAGGACAAUCCAUCAAAGUGAAUAUGUAGUCAGUCUUUUUUUAAUUUUUCUGCUUUCCAACAGCAAAUAUCCUGUAAUUUAAUCACGUGUAUAAAUAUUCAGAGUUCUAGUGCUAAGAUUUGGGAUUUCUCUUAGUUCCCCAAAACAGAUUUCUUUAAAAGAGGAGAUUGAAAAACAUUUGCUGAAGCUUCAGGUAUCUGAGUGUUGAAUUUCAAAGAAUCACUCCUUUUAUAAAAUAUAUCAGCAUAAGAAAAAAAAAUUCAUCCACAUGGUACCAGCUGCAGCAACAGACUAUCUUUGAGCAGUGCUCAGAGCUGAAAUGCUCACAUUAGCAUCAUAGCCCUGUCACAAUGCAGCUCUGCAGGCCAGCUCUUUACUCAUGGAGGUCAACCAGGACACACACUUUUUAUCCCUGUGCUGUUUUUCCUCUCCUUGUUUUUUCUUUUACAGGAUUUGAGUCCUAACCUUUGUUUUUCUUCUUUCUUUCUUUCUUUCUGCUAAUUAAUCUCUGGACACCCAAACAGGAUUUCGUAAGUAGACUCCCCUGCCUGCCUGCUAUUCUUAAUCAGCUGGCUACCGCUUGUUUAACUGCUCUUACUUAACUCUUAUGUCCACCAUGUAACUCUCAUCCUGGGGCUGGGUGAGGCCUGCGUGCAUGUAUGAGUGUGUAUGUGUGUAUAGAUGAGUUUGAGUUCUAGCCUAACUCUAGCCUUACUAACCAAGGCAACAUGCAUUAAAAAAAACGGAGACCCAUCAUUCAUCAUCUAACGCAAAGUUACGUGAACUCAGAUGGAGGACUGCUCAGGAUGGAUAAGUCCUUUAAUGAUUAAUGUAAAAACAGUCAAAGGGGAAGAAAUUGAGUCACAGGAUUUUUCCUCAGCCAACAAUAAAGUCCGGUGUAACCCUCUGCAGCUGAGUACGGCUGCCAAGAACAAGUCAGAAAAAUGUGCCCCCUUCUAUUGGCUGACCUACACCCUGUUAGCUCACAUCCACCCAGCAGCUUUGUCAGUUUGGCACAUACCCGUCCCAAAUCAGACCACAGGGAUAGAAAGAGAUUGGCUGCUCAAGUUUUUUUUUUGGUGGCAGCCAUGUUCUACAUUAAUCCUGCUCCACUCUUAGCCAGCUAUCACACAGUCUUUGCUGGCCAACAUCGCUCGAGUUUGGAAAUGACUCUGACAAUCUGAUCCGCAGAGAUAAAACUAUUCAGUUGUACUUUGAGAAGAUAAUUUAUAGACUGCACCACACAAAACUUUAGUUCAUGAAUAUCCAGUUUGAUAUCUGUUUGUUGCAAAGUUCUUCAUUCAGUGAAGGGACUCCAGAUUGGGCUUGCUGAGAUUAAGUAAUCUGAUCAAUGUUAAAACUGAAACCAGUAGAAGUUUAUCACACUGAAACCAAGCUGUGGCAUUUCAUUCUGCACAAAUCCAGCUCUAACCACACAUCGCCUAACUAAACCAAACUAACCAAAGCUGCUAUUAACUUUUUCAAGUUCUUUGUAUAUUGACCAGAAUAACAUUAAUCGGCUAAUUUAAAAGUAAUGCUAGGGGAUUUUCUAAAGUUAUGUAAUUAUAUGUUAAUGCUGUGGACUUAAAAAAAAAUUCUUGUUAUCAACAAAUCCCAUGAAAGAUCAAAACUCCACAAAACAGUAAAUUCUUUGGCUAAAAAAAUAAUUGUUGACCAUGUUUGAUGGAGUUAAGUCAACCUGGUCCAAGUACCUGAAUAGUACCUCAGUCAUACACUGAGUUAAACAUGGAAGGUUUCAGUAAAGCUGAUAAAAUGUACGAGUAAUUCAGUGAGCUAUCAGCACCAAAAUGUUUUGAUUAUAUUUAAUUUCCGUAAAAAUAGGUUUCUUAAUUUUGGCGCUUUUGGGGUCUCCUUAACAUUUAGUGAGGCCUCUGCUGGACACUUAAGGAACUACAGCUUUUUGCAGCUCUCAACAAUGAGAGUUACUGCCUGUGUUUACUACUAUUCUAAAAUGAUUUGUGAGGAAAUUUUUAACUGGUUAUGAAACAGACUAAAAAAUGCAUAUAUUUUACUACAGUAAAGGAUUCACAAAGCACAUAAGACCAUCCGGGGGAAGAUUAAUGCUUGUUCAGUGUUAUAGUUAAUGCUAAAAACCACUGGUGCAGGGUAGGAGUCAGAUGAAGAGUAAACAGACUUCUUUUAAAUCUUUAAGAUUCUUAUUGUGCGACUAUUGUUGACUAUUAAAGCUGGAAUUCUUUUGUGACCAGACACAAUUACUUUAAUGGGAUUUGUUGACAACAAGAAAAGUAAGAAAAAUGGCAGCCUUGGCCUUGAUGAGGACAUUUUGUUUUAAUGGGGGAUUUAUCAGGCUACUUCCCUCUAUUUCCAAAUUCUACAUACAAACACAAUGAAGUAAAGCCGUGUUGGAGAUGCUCUCUCUCUCUCUGGCUCUGUCUUUGCUCUUGACAAAUGUUCAUCAGCUUCACAGAGUCUCAAGAUGGCACCUUUCCUGUUUAAAGACAAUUGGGACUGUUGAAGACACAAUCACACAUUGACAGUGAUGAAUUUCACACCAUCUCUGUACUUUGACACAUAAAAGUCCAGCCUGAGCACAUGGGUAUCACUUUCUGCGUGCCAGAACAUUCGGAAAGUUUCAAGAUAACCGAUUUAAAGAUUGGACAGCAUGAAAGCUCUGCAGUCUUAUCCAUCACGCUCUGGCCAGUGAUACCGCUUCAAAAUAAACACAACACACCCUGAAACAACAAAUGAGGAUUAAAUGCAAGGUACAAUCUGUGAUAAAAUUCCCCUCAAACAAACUGUGCCAGAAGGAAUUUAAUUGAAGUGAGCGGACGUUACCUGAGGUCAAAGGAUCUCCAUCUCCAUCUGAAGAGGGUUUAUCUCACAUGCAGACACAUUCGCUGCAGCUGUGACAUUAAAACAUCAUUUAAGCUAAUGACGUAAUUUGAAUUACAGGUAUUUUUAUUCAAAGCUAGCUGCUGCCGCCCUUUCACAGCCAAAUAAACCCUGCAGCUCAAUGCCCUGGCAUCAGUCUCCCCGCGCUAUCCUACCCCUCAAUCCACCAGCAUUCCCCCCCUCUCUCAUCCCUUUAAUACUGUGCCACAUCCUGGCAGGGCUUUCCGGGGAUUUGUGCAGAGAAAGAGGAGAGUGAGGGAACAGGAUUCAGCAGAAGUCAUCCAGAGGUACGCUGCCCCUGCUGGGGUUGUGCUUUGCUUGAGCACUGUUUGCGUUCGUUUCUUGCUACAGCUACAAUGUCGCUUUUUUUUUUACAGCCGUGUCUAAUCUGACUGAGCCUCAGACUCACAAACUGGUACUGGAAGGUGUGAGGAUGUCAGCAGCUUUUAAAAGGAUCUGCUUACUGGUGCCCUGCUAAUAUCGCCCCCUUUUUCUAAGCCAGAUUAGUCCUGCAACGAUGAACCGAUUGUUCUUAGAUGAAACUUAAAUGAUAAAAACGGCUGCAUAAAAAAAACUUUCUGAUAAAUCAAGAGUAUUAUGCAUUCUACUGAGUCGCCCAGAUUAUCCGUUUUGGUGGCAUCUAAUCUGUAAAGUGUAAGAUGUUUUAAGAGGCGGAUUUGAGUGAACUUUGACGUAUUCAUAAGUAUCUGAAGCAUUCAAACCUGGAUUACAGACCGGCAUGUUGUUGCAAUUUUCUGCUUUAAAUAUUUAUGCACACAAAACAGUUCAAGUCAAAGAGUUAAAGCUUGGGUAUUAGUAAAAGUAACACAUGAAACACCCAUAAAAACACGGCAUGUGAGUCUGAAACCCUUAAGGGAGUAAUGACAUCAGUAACGAGUUCAGAGAGCAUCCCACUCAGACCCAGAUGCUCCGUCACUCGGGGGGCAGAUGGUAAAUGUGGCGUCGUGCAGUAUGUCUCAAUUUCCUUUGACAUCUCAGUGUCAUCCAUCUGCAGUGUCAGAGGAUUAACGCAGUGUGUUAUUUUAUCAGAACUCAAAUAGAGGAAAAGAAAUUGCGGAGGAAACUUAAAGAACAUUGUGCCUCUUUGCUUCAAAAGGGAAACUUGAACCCGGGUGUAAAUUCUGCAGCAACCCAAGAUCAUGAGUCUAAAAAGAAAUCUUUUCACGCUUAACACCAUAAAGGGUCAGAUGGACUAUAAAAUCCCGUCAGAUUUAGGGAGUUUGAAGUCCAACGAUUGUGGUCGCCAUAUUGGAAAUGUUAACCCCACCUUAAAUACAGUACAAUCAAUCUAACCACAAAGAAGUAGAGGCAAAGAGGUGGAGCUGAGAAGGGCCUUAAGCCUUCUGGAAAAUAGUUACAACAUUUUUACCUUUAGCUACCAAGUGUCUCACCAAAGACUAGAGUCUCAACUCUCAAACAGAUUGUCUGUCAGUCUAAAUGUUGCUUGCUGCAUCUUUAGCUGGUAUAUCCAUGUCAGUGUCUAACUCCUCUCCUGGUCAGAAAUGAUGUUUUACAGAACACAGUCAUUGCAUUUUCAUUCACAGUUAAGUCAAGCUAAGCUAAUAAGUUAGUGAGGCGAUUUCAUUGGACUGCUGUCCUUGUCCCAGUUAAGAAGCACCCUGCAAGAACUGGUUUAUUGAUAGAAACAUGUUCACCUUCAUCACGGUCGCACAUAAUUCCUCUGCUAUGUAAAGGACUUUGUGCUACAUCUUUUUUGAAUGAAAAGCGCUGUACAAAUAAAGACUGAAAGACUGAAAUGACAAAGGAUUAAAAAAAGAGAUUUAUACCGGCAACUAUGAUGAGAAGAAGUGUUCACACAUCACUGUGGGCAGCAUAAGUUUAGGCAGAGGUUACUUUGGGUGAAAACAUGUCCAUCUGAGUUUAGUGUAAGACCCUUUUAUCACAGUAAAAAGUGACAGCUGCUGUCCGUAAUUGGGUUCAAGUCGGACUUUUCAUCUGAGAUUCUGCCGGCAUGUCAUGAUUUUUGUUGUUUACUAAAUUAGCAUGGAAAUGUUGUGUUUGAAGUUGCAGGUUAAUUGUUGCUCUGACUCUUUAAUAGAGGUAAACCAAGGUCAGAGGCACAACAAAGACAGUUCCUUCCUUCUUUUUUGUCACUUUUAUCCAUGUGCUUCUCUGGACAAACAUGAAACUGUUCACACACACAACACACACACAGAGGUCAUUAAUCAUGAGUGUUUACUGCUAGCUUGCUUGACUGUGGGGAUGCGACAUGGGAGGGAGAGGCAGGGCGAUAAAAGAGUGUUUAUCUGGGGCUCUUGCAUAGAACAUCAUGUCAGGAUCAGGCAGAAAGUCACAAAGAAAAUCUACUCCAAUUAUGUUGCUUUGUUAUUGAAGAAUAGGAGCCUUUAUAAUGUACGUAAUUAUACACUACAGAGAUACGGUUUCAUCAGAACAUUUUAUUGUCACUAGGAAACAUAAUUACGGAUGUUGACUUUUGGAGGCAAACACAAUCGGCAAAUCCUUGUUCCUGAUAAAAAGAAAAUCUCUUCAUAUGUGGAGCUGAGUUUGUUAAAAUGUGUGCGCACUCUGGGAAAAUGUGCUCAUGUAAUUUCAAAGAGGAUCUAUUCUCAUCAUUAACUUGAUUGGAAAACUAUCACAAGCCCAUUAAUAACACGUUUCCUACAGGAUAGUAAAAAGGAAACGACACAGAUCUAGGAUUUUGUUUUCUUUUCUUGUUGUCUAGCUCAUGUUUGUCAUACAAAGACUGAAACCUUGUCAGUGUGAAGUUUAAGUGACGAGUAAACAAGGCUGUUUUAUCAUUUCAAUGUUUUUUCUUUCUUGUUUUAAAUUUUUUGCGUGCUUGAAAGCUCAAAGAUCUUUACUGAUUACCUCUUAAUUUAAAGCCACUGUGGGGUGUUUUUAAAAAGUUUGGAAACAGGCUGAAUUUAUACUAAUAUCUUGCUCUGGCCAGCAAAUGCAAAAAAAGACCACCAGCAACAAGAUAAGUGAUGUCUACAGAGUUAUUUCUAAUGCCUGAAACUACUGUAAUGGGGGUAGGUGUUGGACAGCAGGGGAAGAAGCAGCCUUGUUUUACAUUUUACGAUGAGAGACACAUUAGAUGUUAAAAGAGCGCAGGAUAACAUCCUUUACAAAAAAAAUACCUCUUUGGCAUGUACAGGACAAGCUCUGUGAAAUGAUGAGAAGCUCAUCUUUGCCCACAGAAGACACCAAAACACAAAGUUCCUCAGAGAAGCUUUAAGGAAAGACAAACAUUAACAGAGUCCUAUUUGACCGAGCUACACCAACAUGACUUCAAAGCGAUGAAAACAAACAAAGGCACACAUUUGUCAUUAUUCAAGUUAUAGUACUAGUACUAGCAUAAAAAAGUUGACAUCCAUUAACGUUCUCCAAAAUAAACAUUAACAACUCUGUCAUGGAGCCCAGCUUAACAGAUGUUUCCUCUGUUUGGUCAGAGAAUAAAACAUUAAAAACACAUAAUAAGAAAAAUAAAGUUUUUUAGGUUCCUUUUUCUCAGUGUGCUGCUCACAUUACCACAAAAAGUCUACUGCUUAAAAGGAUAGAAUAAAAUGGUGUUUCAUAUAUCGCUAUGCUUUUUAAGGAGGUAAAGGGUACGUUUAAAAAAUACUGCUUGUAUAAACGAUUCUCCAGCUUUAAUUUAGCUUGAAGAAAGACAAACCAAACUCCUGCGUGGUCUCGCUAAUGAGCCACACAUUUUGUAACUAUAGGGUCAAAAAGUGCAUCACAUUAAUGAACAGUGUUUCUCUCCUUCUCAUUUAAUUCUUCACGUUUAUAAUGUACAUUUUUCAGUGUACGCUCCAGGCUGAUAAAAUUGUACAUGAAUAAUUGGAGCUAACAUUAGCAUAAAGGCAAUCUAUACUAAUUACUGUCCUGCUCCAUAAGACUGACCCCACAGCAGACCUCCUGAUGAAUAAAGAUGUGGAUGGACAAAAUAUCGUCUCCUUGUAGAGCAUCAUUAGCCUGUGAUUAGCCUCAAUGAGAUGCAGAAUUCUGGAUACUGCACUUAAUGAAGAAACAAAAUCAGCUCUGUGUUCCCAGGGUUACUUUAAAGCAAGUUUCUGUGUCUUAUUAUACAAACCAGCUCAUCAAAUACAGUCUGAUGGAUCAUAGCAGGUGAAAUCAGACUAAUGUGUUGUACUCUUAAGCGAUAGUGCUGUUAAUGUAAAGGGGUUAAGCUGGUUGUAGUUCAACUGAAUAGGUGGAGAUGUAGGUGUUCAGAGUCAGCAGCAGAUUCAGAGAGUCUCUCUGAAUGUGGACACUAUUCAGUCUCAAAGCUACAAUAGCACACAGCAGAUGAAAAAGCCUUCGGGGGGGAAAUUAUUGGAAGUGCGCUGGUUCAGUCUGAUCUGCCACAGUGUGAGUAUUAAAAUCAGACAGUGUGAUUGGCCACUCUGGAUUCACUCAAUAGCUUUUUCUUAUUGUGAAUCAUAAAACUGCAAUUAAUUAUUAAUUGAAUUAUAAUGAGGAGGAAUACACAAAUGAAUAGAGAUCAGACACAGAUGCUGUUGCCUGGAAAGUUAAAGAAAUACAGGGACAUGUAUCUGAAAAUGUUUAGAUGGAUACUGAUAAAGAAGUAAAUGAUUUAUUUCAAUUGUAUUAACUGACUUUGGGUUCUGCCUUCUCUUGUGAAGUUUAAGUUUGGAGCAGCCCAAACAGAACCAACUAGCAAAGGCACCCACGUCUUCUUCUUUUUAUUACAAGAGACAACUUUGCUUCACUCCUUAUAGUUGAUCAUUUCUUUCUCACAACAUUAAAUGACUGAAAUGUAAAUAUUUUUCAGGACUCCAUAGAAUCUCAGCUGGCUUCAAUGAACUAACUUGAACAAUCCAACAGAAAUAUUUCUUAUCAAUCUGAAAAAAAUUUAGUUGAUAUCUUGGGAUCUUACUUUUUAUGUUUCCACUUUAAGUUUGAAUUCUUUAUGCUGGUGAAGUCUGGGCCUAUGGUGGGCCAAAAAAAAUGCCAGCCAGUCUGCACCAGUCCUCUCAAUCCCCACUGGAAGAAACAUCUGCAGAUGCCCUUAUGGUGCAACCUUAUAUACACAUGUAAAAGUCCAUGACAAACACAGAAGGGUACUGUAAAUGAAAAUCAACAAUAGUGAUUGACCGAUUACAGUUUUCUGGUCGCUAAUGCUGAUUCCAAUACCCACAAUGGCAAAGACAGGGCUGAAACCAAAGAGGAGUGAGUGGGAUAUCAGGCAUCAGAGUCCUACACUGGGUAGUCAGUUAAUUGUUUCACUAGCUGGGUUGUUAACUGAGAUUUUUAUGAACAAAGCUGUAACCAUUUAAGACUGUUUCUCAAAGCUUUCUGGGUUUAUUCACAUCUUUACAAAGUCGUAUUUUUCAUAUCUCAGCAUGGUCCUCAGAGAUACUGCGGUUCGUUUUGCAGCACGUUUCUGUUUCUGCAUUUAUGUUGAACUUUGGCAUGUAUUUUCCAAGUAUAAUUGUUUCCACAUUUGCAGCAAACGUCUUCUUUGUCAAGUACCUGAACCCCCAGGAUAGAGUAGAAUUGGAAACAUGAUUACUGAAAUAAAGCCCUGUGUAAUUAUUAUCUCCACUGAACUAAGUAACGAGACACAAACCCAUAAUUAUGCACCAGUUUAGCAAACAUGAACUCCCUCUGAUGCAUCAUCACCGCCUUGGAUAUGGCUUAGAGCAAGACCAAAACCUACAAAUGACUAAAUCAGGAUUUCCCUUUUGGCUGUUGUUACAUGAAUGAAUCUCCUGGGUUUCCUAAAUAUACGGUGUAAAGCAUGAAUGAGGUACUUUGGUGAUCCAUGAAACCCACACCACCCCAUCAACAUGUAUUUUGAUAGUGAACUGGAUGUAUUUGCCUUUUAAAGGUAAAUAGAAACAUGACACUAAACUCCUCUCUUUCUGUCUUUCCUUGUUUUGUCAUUUCCACCCACCCCUCCCUCCCUCCCUCCCUCCUUCCUCUCCCUCGUCUUUACAUUUUGGUUCUUCCUCUGUCUUCUGUCAUCCCUCCUCUGCUUUGAUUUCUUUUCUCCACCCACAGGAACUUCCGGAAGCAUCUUCGGAUGGUGGGCAGCAGAAGGAUUAAAGCACAGAGUGAGUCAGAGAUGUGUGUGUGUGUGUGUGUUUGUGUGUAUGUGUGUGUGUGGUCGAUAUAUUUACUCAAAUUGACUGUGAUGUUGUCCAACCCCGCCAUCAUCAGUGGGUUUGUUUGUGUGUGUGUUUGUUUGUUUGUUUGUUUGUGUUUUCUGCUGUGUUUUUGCAUGAGUGGCACCGGACGCUGCUGCUUCGCUGGGGUUUAGUAAUGCUCUUUUGCGUUUCCCUUGGGAUUACAAGUUCUUACGUGUGUGUAUGUGUGCGUGUGUGUGUGUGUGUGUGUGUGUGUGUGUGUGCGUCUGAGUGUGUUUGCUCCAGCUGUUUUCUCAUGCUGCAUUGCUUUGAAUGGUUCGGUAAAGUUUGAAGACAGAGACUUGUUUGUGGAGGCAAAAAGCAGAGGGUUGAUAUGUGAGGAUGGAAGUGUGUGUGUGAGAGAGUUUGGCUGCAGAUCUGUAUGACGAAGAGAGAAAAACAACAACCCAUAAACUCUUUUUUUCGAUCAUCUGAUAGUAAUGAGAGCAUAACUCUGUUAUACAUGACUGGUUUGUCGUAUUUGCUUGUUUGGAGCUCUGACUCUGAUAUUGUGUUUAUUGACAGGGAGAUGGUAAAAGACCAAGCAAACCAGCGUAUCCCCAUGACCCAAUCAGUAAAAAACGAAGUUUCCUCAAAGUUGUUGCCACUUCUUUCACCUAAUAACUGUCUGAUGCAACAAAACAAGGGGACUCAUGCUGGCAGUCUGCACAGUCUGACCUGUUAAUGUGCAUGUCUAAAAUUAAGCUGUUCUGAGGCCAUCAUGCAGACUGCUGUGUGGAAGGUCAUGGUUUACCCUGCCACACCAGACCCCAUGGACAUAGUUUUUGGAUAGAUGUUAAUUCAACCUCACUUUAAUUUACUCAAACAAAACUGAGAUGGACUUGAGGCGACUUUCAGUAGAUCUUUGCAGUAGUUCUAGUCAUGUUUUAGUCAACAAAUUUAAUAUAAAAAGAUGAGCAAUGGGACUUACUUUUUCCUUUCACAAGGCUUGGUCACGAUGAGCUGGGAAGUUUUGGGCGUAAGCAUACAGUCAAUGGGCGUAAGAAGGAUGAAUAGGACAUCCUGGAGGGGGCGCUGUUUGAGCAGAGCGCCAUCACAGCAAUUCUCCAGCCAGAGGCUACUGCGCAAAUGUAUGUUUCAGGAAAUAAAGAAAAUCCCAAAAAAUACUGGGAGCACUUUGUCUUCAAAUUUGUACAAUGACAGACGGCAGAGUCAAGUUGUCAAUACUAUAUACAGUCUAUGAGUCUGUUACAAACAGGUGAUGUUGUUUCUGAACUCGUGCUAGUUUCUCAAUUGAGAUGACAUAUUUAGUUGAGAAAGGAGCAGAUGCACGGAGGGCUGCAAAAGCAUUUAAGGGAUUAGCCUGAGCCCAGUUUUAAACCAGAUGAGGCCUCAUAACCAAUGAUUUUUCAACUGUUUGUUUUUUGAUUAAAAUACAAAAUCAUGUUGUUGCUUCUGACAGCCAUGUUAAAGUCUGUCUGAUACUUAAAUUUGCUCUAUUACAAGGAUUUAUCUUGAUGCAUCACAUCUAGCUGAUGUUGUGUAAACUGGCCCGAAGCAUGCCUGUGCUUUGACAGACAUUUGAAGAAAAACUCAAAGCUGUGUUUUAGACUGAAUGUUUUUAUUAAAAGGACAAAAUGUUUUCAUCUAAUCACAGAAUAUGUUCCUAAUGGAGACCUUCAGUGUUAAUUUCAAUGGAAAUGUCCUUUUGAUCAUGAAGACGGCGCUCAAAGGUUGACCUUAUGUGCACAUCUUUUCAUGUAAUGAAGAGACACUCGUACAAAAAAGAGAACGAGUUAAAUGAGCAACAAAAUGCAGAGAGGCAUUCGCAAAGAUCCAUCAGCACAGAAACUACAGCGACCAAAGAAUUUGGCGCCUUGAGGGACACUGUUGAUUAACCGUGUCAAACACUUUCAAGUAGUCUAAAAAUAUCCAAGACGACUGUGAUCACUGUUGAAAGCAGGCAGGAUUUUUAUCAGAGUUGGAGUAGUAAAUCUGUGAAACUAGAGGGGACAUUUUGAAACCACUGCGGUGACUAAAUGGACCAAAACAAGUGGCAGGAUACUUCAUAAAGAUAUAUGACUGUUUGUAUAAUGUCUGUUUGUUCGAUGGUUCUGUUUGUGCCGGCAUUUGUUUGUUGUGCAGAGGAGGGAUGGCGUUGUAUGUCCUCUAUAUUUGUGCAUUUGUAGCUGCAUCUGCCUUUGCACUUCUGUGUUCUAGGUGGUGAGUGUGUACAGAAUAUAUGGGCCAGUUUUGGGGGCUUGUUGGUGUGUUGGUGUGGGCAAGUGGAGUGUACGUUUGUGACUAUCUCUCCCCCACCUGCACUAGCAUUCGCUGAGCGUAGAUCGAAGAGUUUCAGCCGUUCCUGGAGUGACCCCACCCCUGUCAAGACUGACUCUGAGCCCAAAGACAGUGAGUUCACACAGAAUCAGGCACGUGCAUGUACACAGUCUCAUAGAUUCACACAUACCCACUCAAAACACACCCACAGACGCAAAUAAAAACAGACUUCUAGUAGGAGCCAAGGAAACUCUCUAGGGGAUAAUAGAGGUUUUAGCCCACAGCUAUGGGACAUCACCAGUCACUGAAAAAACUCCCCACUUGGCCUGAGGAGGGCGAUCGAGUGCAACAAGCAGGUUCACAAAGCUCAAUAGUCAGUUCAUGCGAUUAACCAAUCAGCUGUCAGAUGAGGUGAUUAUCCUGGAUAGUGUCACCAGCAGAAUUAUUCUUGCUUUGUGGUGGUUCUUGAGUGGAGUGGCUUACUUUUUGGACUAAAAAAGCUUGUGGUAAAAAAAGAAGACUGACUUAAAUAUCUAGUAAGGGGGUCUAGACAUAAAAACCACAUCUCAGUAUCAGACAAACAUGACACUAAAUAACAUUAAUUUAAAUCGUAGAUCUCUUUAUAAGAAAUCGUCUCUGGGUAUAUAAAUGAAAACUGCAGUGGAUUGGCAUUAACAAUGACACCAUGCUGUGUUUUCACUUCCACACUUUGUAAAAAGAACCCAGUUGUAUUUAUCUUUACACAGUCGACACUUACAUGCGGUGGAAAAGCUAACCCCCAAAAAUGUAUGUGUGAACGGGAAUCUCUGAAUAAUCAGAAAAGAAAGGAAUAAAGAGUACGACUUAGUGCUUACACUUCAAUGACAUAAUGCUUCAAUCACACUUGCAAGAUUAAAUUUGAGCUCAGCUUCCGUCGGUCUUAAUGUUCAAACGAAAUCUAAGUACCCACUGGAGUAGCUGCAGUUUCUGGAUUAAUUCUCCAGCUCCAUUACAUGCAGCAGUUUAGAUUAUGCUCGAGCGUUUUAAUGGUCAGUACGAAGAUUAGGAAGGGUUGUUUUACUAUGCAGAUUGUCACUUUUGUUCCCUAGUAUGCAUACUUCUACUGGUUGAAGUAUUUUUCUCCAAGAACAGCUGCAGUGAGGUCUGACAUUACUCCUCUGACCCUUGGUGUCCUCGGGUUUUGACUGGCAGGUUCAUAAGCCCCUAUUUACUUUAUGCUUGCGCAGUACUUUUUUCUUAUUAAUUAAUGUCCUCUGACAGGUAGCUCUGAUGGAGUUGAAAGCCACUCAGCAGCAUUUCCAAACCAUAAAGAAGGACCGGUAAUCAGCACUUUGAUAAAUGAGCCGCCGACUUCAAGUACAGCUGGCGUAAGGCCCAAUCAUCUGUAGCCUCAAAUGGAGGUCAGCCGAGAAACUGCUUCAACAAAGUGCAAGAUCUUAAAUCAACAAUUGAAACAAAUCGUCAGACUGUGGAGUGUUGAAGUCUGAGGUACAGUUAACAAGGUGCAAUUGAAGGAAAUCAAGGAUUUACCAUAAAAAAGUUUGACAUGCUUUUACAGUUUGAUUCUUUCUCACUCAGAAAUGCAAAUGAAUCCACGGGUAUCUGGUUAAAGACGCAUUUUGAAAAGGGUGUUGCAAAGAAAACUGAUUCUGGACACUAUUGGACAGAUUUAUAACCUGUUACUAACGACGUUUACAUGUGCACAAAUAAUCAGAAUAAAAACAGUGUCAUGUAAACAUGUCGAUCAGAACAUUGUGAUCUAAUUUAGCUCAAUCGGAAAGAAAUUGUAUUCUGAUCAAGAGGGAUGGUUAAUGCUAGUCGUUAUUCCAAAACAUGUCCAUGUCAACACUUCUUCCGACCCUGACUCUCUAACCUGACUCAAUCUUCACUCUUUGGCCUUUAGCUUAUUUAUUGAGGCCAGUUCAGGAGGUUUUAAUAUUAACACUCUGUCACAAAACACAACUGCAGGUGUUGUGUCUGCUCCUCCGAUAACAUAACAAGGCAUACAUACAGCGUAAUGAUGUUACAUCUACAUGCACAGCGCAAUCUUUGACAGAACAGUAAAAUAAGUACGCAAGGGCGCCAUCUAGUGACGAUAAUUAACAGGGGGGAAACAUCCUGAAUUGGAUUGAGUUAGCCACUACUGUGUUUGUUGGUUUGUUGACAGCACAGGCGUAAAUACAACUCUUCUUCUGUGGUUGUUUUAGCGAAAUUAGACAUCUCUGUGCAUUUCCAAAUACUUCUAACCUGAAUAAAGCUCGGUGCAUGUAUACGCAUGUCAUGAUCAAGAAGUUUUGCACAUGUAAACAUGGCUACAAUAAUGGAAACACAACAAUCACACACACACACACACACUCACAAAGAGGGAAAAACAAACAAACAGCAGCUCUUCACUCUAACUCGCUCCAUGUAUAAACAGUGGUUAUAAGCCCGGCCAGGAUAAUGUCGUAUUUCAGUGGCAGGCAGACUCGAGCCAUUGUGCCAGACUUUAUAAAACACAAGCGGCACAUUUGUCUUAUUUCCAGGCUACUUUAUAGGCCACCAGGCAGGAUGUCUGCUAUAACUCACACUUUUAUCCGUACACAGUUGGAAUAACUGUAGUUAACAAAAAAAAGUUAACGCCAUGUUUUUAUAACUUAGAUUUUUAGUCUGGAUAAAAAACAAAACCCCAAACAGGACCCCCACAAUGACAGCACACUCCACGCUGACUUUUGGUCACAGUCUCGUUGGUCAGUUUCUGGUGUUGGCAGAUCAAGAAGACACAUGAAAUCCACAUGACAUUCACACAUGAAGUGAACGAUCACACGUCCAAACUGACUGUCUCUGCUGUGACUCUGAUCCUGUCCAUCUGUCUCCCUAUGACCGUGGGUCUUUCUCCAACUGUGUGGUGCUCUCUUUCUGUGAGUAUGUCAAACUGAGAGUGUGUGUCUCGGUCAGAGUGUGUCAGCAGCGAGUGAUGUUAACCCCAGGGUGUGUAUGAAGUGUGUCUCGUUGCUCCUAAAAGGCUUUCGAUAUGUGUAUCAACACACACUGUUAGCAUGUGCUGUUUGUCUCUGUCGGCGUCUCUGUGGUUUGAUGUUUCUCCACCUCCAUAGUCAGUGUUUCUGCGUUUCAGAGUGUGAUGAAAGAUGAAUGAAGUGUCGAUAACAAUGCAAUGAUGUGGUUUGUGCCUCUUUUUUUUUUCUUUUUCUGGUGGAAAGACGUUAUUCUCUGAAAGGAUGUUGUUAUUUUCCCAUUUCAUUCCUCCUUUUUCAUUCUCUGCAGAUUUCUCUCUCACAUUGAACUCGACAUCGACCGAUAAUCAAGUUUAGACACUAAUACCUACAAAGUCAAAGUGUUCAAAUUGUCUGUCAGGGAUGUUUAAACGGGCUGCUGGUGGCCGGUUAGUGCCUUCAGUUGUGACUAUGGAGAACCUACUGAGCGUUAAGCAAAGGAGAUUUAUGUGUCUCCACUCAACUGUUGUUAUUUUUAAAGUAAAUCAAUAACACAGAGCUAUAUAGCAGCUGUGAGAUACUGAAAUAUUAGUUGUUUAAGUAAAUAUUAGGGAAAUGCAGUUCAUUUUUGAGGGUGUACUCACAACCCCGCCCGAUCCGUACCCAUGUCAGUACCCGUUGUAGGUGUCAGAAAAGCCCCCGGCUAAGGAAACGGCACACUUAUCCAACAAUCAUGCAGUUUUGCCUCAAGCUUACUGCCACAGUGUUGUUUCUCGUCUCUGUUGAUGUGAAUUUUUCAGCAAACAAAUCAAGAACAGCAGUGUUGGCAGAUUUCUGAUGCAAUUAUCCAAAUGAAAAUGAAAUGACUAAAUGAUCACAACGAGCACAUCCUGAAAAACAACAUACGUGUCAACGCAGCUGACAUUCUCAGCUCCUUGUCAGGCAUUAACAUGUCCCCACAACACAAGUGAACACUCGUGAUCAGAUCCUCUUUUCCCACUUCAAAUAGGCAACAUAGCCUCAUACACCUUCAUCGGCCUUUAAAAAACAUCAAAAAUAACGAUGAGUAACACUCAGAGGGUGGAGAUAACAGAACUUCUGCAGCUGAGUAAGUGAGAGGUAGCAGUUGAACUCGGACAGGAGGGAAGACGUGACCCAAAAACUUCCUUUUGAUCAAGAAACCUGAUGAUGAUGCAGAUCCAUGUUAUAUCUGCAGGUCUCAUCUAUAAGGGGUGUGUCUCUGCAUCCACACAGGGCUGGACUAAUUGACAUGUUAGGAACUGGUUGUGGGUCAUAUUUGCUCCCUGCAUGCAGGCAUCAUCUGGCCCCCUCAGCUUGAUUGGAAACUAAAAUACUUGGACUUUAAAGCUUAAAGCAUAAGUCCAUGUUUACAUUUUCGGAUUUACAUGAAUGAUUGAAAUCCAGUCACGAACAACCCUGUUACUAUGUUGUUUUCUCCCUCCUUCUGUGAAAAAGUAAUAUUUUCAUUGUUGAUUCUUUGAACAAAUGAGUUUGUCGCCACUUUAAUGAAUCCCCCUCUGGCUAUAGAAUAAUUGGACAGCUGUGUGUUAGUGAAAGGAAGCCUAUGAUGAUGAAUAUCUUAAUGAUUCAUUUGUUUCUUGAUUAAAUUACUUCAGUUUGGAAAAUGUUUAUGGUGUUUGAACCCUAAUUCACACAUUCUGUGUUAUAAGCCACAAUCAAAGAGAGUCACAGUACAGGCUUCUGUUAAGUGUUGGUAUAGAAACAGCUGUGAUCUCCUGAAAACACUGACAUUUUCCCAACUAGACUGUAUAACACUAUUUUUAUAAGAAUAACCUUCUGGUCUUUUUUAGUUAUGAUGGUAUACUUCUAUGUAAUGUCUAUUGAAGUGAUGUCAUUGUAAAAGUGAACACAGACAAGUAAUAUAAAUGUGGAAUAUCAAAGAUAUUGGUUCAUAAUACCUUCAACUCCUUUGACCUACAGACAGAUCUUCAUAUCUCUGUAUGUCAUUAUGUUAUUAUUACACUUUUCUCAAUUUUUCCUUCUAUCAUUUCCUUACGUCAGCACCGUUAUUAAACACUCCUCCCUCUCCUCACUUCGCCUCUCUUCACUAUCUGGACAUGUCCGUCCUUCACUCUGAGAUUUCUUCCUUCAGUGUCACCUCUCUUGGCUCCCACCCCACACUUGUGCCCAUUAUCUCUGUUCUUUUCUUUAUCGGUGUGAUAUAUUUUCUUCCAGGCGGAGACUUACAGGCCUCCUGUGGUACCCUGGACGAGGGAGGUGUUGAUGACAAUGUCGACUGGGAGGAGGAGAGAGAGAUGGAGCGGCUGGCCUGUGAAGGAGAUGACUUUGUACCUCCAAAAAUCAUGGUAAAAGUCAUCAUACAAAUACAUUCGCAUAUGGAUUGAUUUCCUAAACAAGUCACAAAACUGCCAUGAUCAUAUCAGCUAGAAAAAAUAGUAAAACUGAAUACAGCUCACUGGAUUAAAGAAGGGAAACUAUCUAGAAGCUGUACCGUAAUCUUUAAAAAAUAAUCUGGAUUAAUCCUCCUUUUAUACCUGCACAAAGGUAUAAACUAGAUUGUUUUAGUUAAGAUAAGAUCAGAUAAGAUGAGAAGUACUUUAUUGAUCCCCAAAAGGGAAAUUCAAUAAUGGUAAUGGUACUUAAGCACAUCACGCUGAGAGAAAAAUAGAAUAAAUUAGCUUCAAUAAACUUAAUCAGAUAAAUUAGUAUGCAGGUGAAGUAUCUGAGCAGCUUAGAGAUUCUCUAUCACACACCUGUGAAUUUAUCAGGGAGCUCAAUCCCUCAUGGAAAAUAAUUUCCCUUUUUUAAUUUUCCUGCUGUUCUCUCUCUCUUUUCUGUACCUAGCAUCCAAAUAAAACACCCUCUCUCCUUCCUCUGUUUCUCCUUCACCUUUAGUUGAUCUCUUCCAAGGUGCCCAAGGCAGAAUACGUUCCUACCAUCAUCCGCAGGGAUGACCCGUCCAUCAUCCCAAUCCUUUAUGUGAGUUGACUACACUUAAUUGACACAUGCCAACACGCACAGGACACAUAAAUUAUCAAGCAUAUAAACUGUUGAGUUAGAAGGUGGUACGACUCUGUGUUAACGCCUGUAUUUCACAGCACUAAAUAACUGUUUGAUGUGAAUGUGGUUUUCUUUAGGACCAUGAACAUGCGACUUUUGAUGAUAUUUUGGGUGAGUACAUACACUCUUUUUAUCCAAUUCUUAUUAUAUUAUACCCAUAUAUUAACUUAUAUCUAUAUAAAUAUGACAAUGACUUAAAAAACAGCAAAGAAAAGUACAUUUGUAACAUAACAGUAAUGUUGUAAGUGGUUUUAAGGUUAAAAAUAAGUCUGGUACUCGGAUCUAACUCUUAGACUGCCUUCAUGAAGAUUCAGUUGCUUGUAAAAACUGCCAGUUCUUCUUUAGUUCCUCUGAUAAUUUAGUCAGGUUCAUGAUCCUAAGCAGUUUGCCUGAGGAGAAACUCUGUUCGACACUUAAGGUCAGAAAAACAUCCCCAGGCUCAACCUUAGCUGCAGGCUAAUCUCUUGAAUAAGUAAUAAUCACAGAAUCAAAUCCUGCAAAAUUACUCAAAUCAUACUGUUAAAAUAUUUUUCUGCGUUUUAAAAAUAAUCAUCUUGGUGUUUUCUGGAAAAUUCAUAAACACUACUCUUACAGAAAUAUUUAUACCUUAUUGCGUAUGAAUUUUCCAUCAUGUUAAAUUACUUAGAUUUGACAUAAACAGGCUGAUAAACCUUUUGUGCUGCAUAUUUGUCAGUCAAAUGUAAAUGAAACGAUUAAGAAUUAGAUUUAUGUAAUAAUACCAAUAAAUCCAAUGUGUUUAGAAUGAAUAAUGACAGAUUGAUGUAUUCAUCAGAGAACUCCAAUUAGUUUCUGUCUCAUAAAUUUUAACUAAAUGAAUCUAAAUAAAUGAUUUAAAGCUCGUCAUAUUUAAACUAUAUCCAUACAUUUUAACUGAUUAAAUUAAAUUGUUUGUAGAAUAAAAGAUUUAUGCUGAUUUUCAGAAACUGAAUUUAUUCUAAGAAUAUGUAAUAAUUUAAAUAAAAUAAAUAGAUGUAAACACUUCAACAUAAACCAUGCCAUGAUUUCUUUUUCCGAGUGUGCUUUAAAAGCGCUCAUGCAGUUAUUGGAAGUCUGUCAGGGAGUAAUUUAUAUAUAUUGAUUCAAACUGUACUUUUUCAUUGACCUGUUUUAUUUGGCUGCUGCUGUAUGUACACACACACACAGCUGGACUGAAUUUAAACACCACCUUCUAGUAAUGUCUCCACUGUCUAUGACAACUACUCGUCCUCCAGAGACCCCCUUUGUGUUCCCUGUUCACAUCAGUCCCUGUCUCUGCUCACUGCCACACCUGUCUCCCUAUAGUACCUUCUCUUUGCACCUCAAUCCCUUUUCUCUGCUUCAAUCAACAUUUUUUUUUUGUUCUUGAUCUCAGAGGAAAUAGAGAAGAAGCUCACGGCUUACAGGAGAGGGAGCAAGUUCUGGAGGAUGCUCAUCUUCUGUCAGGUGAGGGAGAAAAUGACAAGGGAUAAAAGCGCUGCCAAAUUAUUUGUAAAACUGCGGGGUUUUCCGGGGAUGUACGGCAUUAAGCGUUUAUUGUGUGCACUACUUGUGGAUUUUUCAGUGAAGCUGCUUUAAGUAGUUUCCUUUGGGAUCUAAUCUCUUAAGAUCGUAAUUAGAUGGAGGCAAAUUAGCAGCUGUGAUAGUGCUAAUGUAUUUUAUUUCUUUGCGCGUACAUGUGCGUGUGUGUGUAUGUGUGUCUGUGUGUGUGUGUGUGUUUCUCAGGGAGGCCCCGGUCACCUGUAUUUACUGAAGAAUAAAGUGGCCACCUUUGCUAAGGUGGAAAAGGAGGAGGACAUGAGCCAGUAAGUAACAGCAGGACCACUGCGUCUGUGUCUGUUAAACAAAUAUGUGUAUAAGUUAAAGUAAAACCUCUCAUUUCAAAUGACAGAUUAGAUUAUUAUUCAAUUUAAUGAUGUUUGGAGCACGUGAUCAGAAAUCCAAGUACUUUACUGGGCUGUAAGAAUAAUGUAAUAUGAAGGUUUUUCAUUUUACAUUGGGCCUUUGUCUACAAUAGCGAAGAUCAGCUCGGUAUCACAGUGUUGCCUAGAAUGGCUGCGCCUCCUUUUGAGUGACAUACAUGCUGCAAAAGUGCUGGAAAUCCCCAGCAGCCCCACAUCUCUAACUGUAAAUGUAAAAUGAGAGUUUUCUUUGCUUCCAUUAAGGAUGAGUGAUGGGGUGAAAGUGGUAAACUGGUGUUAUGUCCCUUCUGGUUUUCAAACCUGCAGCUGUGUUGAAACAACAACAACAGCAGCUCCUGUUACUUCACACAUUUAAAUCCAUCAUUUGGGGGAUUUUUAUGGAGCAUCUCUUGUAUGUAGACAAAACCUAUCAUUUGAAUGAGCCCUAAACCAAAGACACUUUGAAAUACUAGAGUAAAAAUACAGUUUUAAAAGAGCUGCUUACCCUGCAGCGUACUGAAACUACACUCAACACAAAUAACACAGUUAACAAACUCAGGGUGAAGUUUAUGAAACCUUCAGUUACAAAUCCAGACUAAGACGACUCUCCUGUUAUCACGUCUUUACUAAAUAACUAAAAUCACAGUGUAUUUAUAUACUUGACAGCACAUUGAUUUGGGCUUUAAAUUAAAACAGUGUGAAAUUCUUAUCUUAGGGUAAUAAAGUGUCACACCAUGAAGCUUAUAUUCACCCAAAAAGAGGCGGGGUCACAACUUCACAGUAAGGUAGACUGAUGAGGCGCUCCCAGAUAUCUUACACAUGAAUUUAUUUUUAUUUGUACACUCAGGGUAUCAGAGAAUUAAAUGCAGGUUCAUAAUGCCAAUGCUAUUCACUCAGUCUUUAUUCUUUCAUAUAUCUGAUCAGGUCCUCUUUGAACAAACAUGUUUAUUUGGAUAAUCCCAUUCUGUUCUCACAUUACAUUUCUCAACUUUUCUAAGGGAUCUAUUACUCCAUUUGGAAAUUUGUUACAAAGACAGUAACUCCAGAUAUAAGGGUCACCUUUUUGACUACGGUAGAUUUUGUUAAAACAAUUUCUUCUGUUCCAGUGUGUGAUAGUAAAACACGUAAAAAAGUUACACCUGUCUAUUUCAGACGUCUCCUCUUCAAAGUUACUUUAAGUGUAAGAACUUGGUUAACUCUUUAUUGUUCUCUUGUGGAACUAAAUCAUGGAAACUGUUCACCAGAUUGAUGAUGUUAAAAAGGAAAAUAAUGCAGAUUUUCUUUGUUUAGAUUCUGGAGGAGACUGAGUCGCUUCAUGAGCAAAGUCAACCCAGAACCCAACCUCAUCCAUAUAAUGGGAUGUUACGUCCUGGGCAAUCCCAAUGGAGAGAAGGUACCCACACACACACACACACACACACACACACACACACACACACACACACACACACACACACACACACACACACACAGGCAGCUUUAUGAAGAUGCAGAAUGAAGACCAAGGAGACUGAUUAAACACGAGGAUGCUGGUGCUUUCUCCAACUAAUACCAAACCCAAGGGACAUGACAGCAGCAGCAGCAGCCAGGUCCAGUUAAUUAAUGGUAAAACAAAACUUUGACAAUCAGCGAGAACGGACAGUAACUUUAUAUUUCCUGUAGAACAAAUUUCAGAAAAAAAAACUGGGGUGAGUGCACAUAUACGUGUAUAUAUAGUAUAUAUAUAUAUGAUAUAGUUUGAAGCCUAAAGUGUACAAACACCUCACUGAGCAAUAGACGGCUAUUAGACAUCUGGUUUUUCUUUAGACCUAAUUUCAACCAUCUAGACGCUGUAUAUUUUUCGAUGGAAUUUAGACGUUGCACUUUAACCCAUUAUCCAAUUACUGUUUAUUUCAAAAAGCAACUGUGAGUUGCAUAACUGACAUCUAAAAAACUUUCAUUUUUCGACCUGUGAUAGCCUGAUUUUAGACCAGUCGUCAAGGCUACAUUUAGACGUCUAUUAGACCGCUUUUAGACCUAAAAAUGCUCAGUGGGACUGUUGUUUCCAGUCUUUUGUCCUUACAGCUCAUACCUCACUCACUCCUCAUUCCCUGUUUGCUGCCCUCUGCUGUGACUGUGUCUGUUUCACUCCCUUUUGUCUGGUAAUAGUCAUAUUAUCCUCCCAGCUGCCUUAGUUUUCUCCCCUCUCUCCCCCCACGCUGGUGGCUAUAAUCAAACUCUGUGUAAUGGUGCUGGAUAUGGUUGGGAGCACAUAUUGGUGGUGACACUAUGAAGAGGAGACAGAACCACAUUGACACAUUAAAGGAAACACAAAACAAACACAAACACGCUGGCAGACACACAUGCUCGCCAUAGCCAGUGGUGUUUGUUCGACCUAACUGUCUGUUUCAGUCAUGUCUGCCAAAACGCUUUGUUAUAUAAAGAGGAUCUCUGUGGGGUUGAUGGACAGUCUGGCAGUCUGCAGAACAGACUGCACAUCAAUGAUAUCUCCACCCCCUCCAGACAAACACGAACACAUGCAGUUGUUUCAUAAGAGCUCCAGUCCAACAAAACCAAAUUGGUGUUUUCGUAUUUUGUUUCAAGGGUUCAGUCUGGUCCCAGGAUCCCAAAGUGAUAUUAUUAUUAUGCAAGGGGCUCGUACUCUGGAGUCCUCAUGAAAUCACAGUCAAGAAAAAGGAUUUAUUCUGCUGUCUGAAUUUCAAACAGGACCUCAGGAUCAUUAAGUAACAAAGCAACCUGUGUAGCAAAGCUUUCGGAUCCAAAGUGAGGCAUGGCGAGACAGAAGACAUUUUUGUCCAAACUAAGAGUUCACACACACACACUUACAUCCUAAUACUGUUCAUACAAACAAGUGCAGUUAUGCUAGGCGUAAUCUUAGAGAGUAUAUUUAAGUAUAUCUUAGAUAAUGACUGACUGAAGCUUGCAGCUGUAGUGGAGCAAACCGCAGCCUCUGUUAUUAAGAAGUAAAGCCAAUGCAGAUGUGCUAAAAAAGUUCCCUGAGUGCCCCCUUGAGGCCAGCUGCAGAAGCACCAGUAACCAUGUGCACACUUAUUCAAAAAAGCCUCUUUUAAGAGCAAAAAGAAACACAGGCAGGUCCGAACAGUGCAGGCCCCCCUCAGCACCCGUGUUUUUUAUACCGUGUUUGUUUCAAAGUUAUUAAGGUUACAAAAUCAGUGACGAUCUUGGCUUCAUUUUAGCAACAAAGGCCACAGAACUUAUGAAAUGUCACAGCAGUUGUUUGGAAACUCACCUCGGAGUGCAGCAAUACAAACAAAAAGCUCAGGAAGGAGAACAGCAGGGGAGCAGGUCAGGAAGAUAACCUGACCCAGUUUCCGCCUACAGAUUUUCAAGCAUGUCAGCGCAAAAUGAGCAGCCAUCUGAGCUGAGUUGCUGCUGAGAGCUUGUUUGAAACCACCUACGAUGGAAAGAAAACUUCCUGGGUUGCAACACAUUAUUUAGAGAUACUUAUUUGGCUUUCUCUGAUCCGAGGACACCUGUGCCACCCACACCUCUUGACCAAUUUGUCCCCCAUGUCUGGCAUCUAACCACCUUCUUUCAUCUUCUUUCAAAGGAGUGCAAACACAAGUAAUGAAAGCUCCUUUUUUCCCUCACCAGCUCUGUUUUAACAUCAUAAAGAAAAACAGGGACACAUUUGGUCUUUGAUAUCACUGAGGAGUCGGUUAAUGAAAUCCUUCGUGAGUAAAAUCAAGCAAGAAAUCAGAGAAAUUCAGUUUUUAAUGUGCAAAGCAGCGCUGCCUGUCUGGGGCAACAAACUCCAGAACGCAAAAUAAAUUUAAGAGAGACUUCAGUUUGGAGAUUUUGAUGCCGACAAAAAGGGUUUAGUCAAAAUAUUUAAAGUCAGUCACUUCAUCUGCAAACUUUGUGAGGAGCAGGAGCCGCAGUUUGAGAAUCAAUCUUCUAAUCAGCUUCUUAGUUAAAUUCUAAAUAUCAUAACACUGUAGGACUUUGAGGACUGCAAAUAUAAACUAUCAUUUUCUAUUUUACUAAAGUUUGAAAUUCAGAAACCCUUCAUGGCAGUCUUUCUUUGGGACAUCUGCUCUUAGUCUAUCAGAUGACGUGGGAAAGUGAUGUUACUCAAACAAAAGCAGAUGUGCUCUCAUUCCUUAUUUACCUGCUCAGGUAAAAAGUGUCUGUUUGGCAUUUGGGCAGUAAUAAGCUGGAUUCAUGGCCCUUCUUUGCCUAGUUUUGAUGCUUUUUGUGCAUGUUGCAUCUGAAGAUGGAUACCCUCGCAUCAUACUCUGCCCGAUGCGAGUGCAGUCAGAUUAAUUGGCGUGCGCUCUCUUAUCUCUGCCCAACAGCUGUUCCAGAAGCUGAAGAAUCUGAUGAGGCCUUAUUCUGUCGAGUUUGAGUCGCCGCUGGAGCUGUCGGCACAGGGUGGGUCUGAACAGUCAUGCAAUAUCCUCCAAACAGGGACACAUACACACAAAUGUCACUGACAUACAGCACAUGUUUUGUACUGUUAAGUUGUUUUUCUUUGCAACCUUAAAGGGAUAUUACACUGUAAAUUUAAGUUAUGGUCAAACAUACUGUAACAUCCAGUUAGACACCCCCUUGAGAGAUGAAUGUUGCUGACUGCUUACUUCUCUAGUUAUAUCACCUUUAGUAACGACCGCAAGAUAACUUCAUCAACAGUACAUACAGGGUCCCAGUCAUAGUACUAGCCACAAAACAUGUUGUUAGCUUUGCCUGAUUUCUUUAGCAAAGAGACUAAACACAACUCACCCACUCUCCUCCAGCAGCCGCUUGUUUGUUGGGGGAGCCCUGACGAGCGUCUUGGUCUUAUUGCAUUUGCAUGAAGAAAUUAUCAUAAAUGUUCUUCCUUGAGCUGCGAAACUCCGCUGCACUCAGUGAUCGACUCGUCAGGGCACUUCCUACAAACAGGCGGCUGCUGGAGGAGAGUGGGUGAGUCGUAUUUGGUCUCUUUGCUAAAGAAAUCAGGCAAAGCUAAAAAGAUGUUUGAUGGCUAGUACUACGGCUGGGACCCUAUAUGUCCUGUUGAUAAAAUUAGGUGCUGUUCUGAGCAUUAUUUGUGACUUUAGAGUGGCUCUUUGGUUGAGGUUUGCAUGUGGAGAUGUAGACUACUGUGUAUUGCUAUCGUGCGGUCGUUACUCAGCAACAGUCAUCUCUCUUGGGGGUGUUUAACUCGGUGUUAUGGUGAGUUUGACCAUAACUUAAAUAAACGCCAGAAUAUCCCUUUAACUCCAACAUUGUGUACCAUCUAACUUUUCCCGUCAUGUCCCAUUUUUCAAUCAAGGCAAAGAGAUGAUUGAGAUGUACUUCGACUUUCGCCUGUACCGUCUCUGGAAGACACGCCAGCACUCGAAACUGUUGGACUAUGAGGAUUUUUUGUGA